AUGCACAAUGCCAAGCAGACUCUAGAGCAGUGGAGUGGAGUCACAAAUCACACGUCUCUACCUGGCAUUCUGAGUCUGGUUGACUACUCCACCUAUUACAACAUUGAUUACAAUGACAAUGACACGGCACCGUGCAGCCCCAGCAAUGUGAAAGUCUUUGGGCAAGCCUUCAUCCCUGUACUCUACAGCAUCGUCUUCAUUGUGGGCUUCAUCGGAAACAGUCUGGUGUUAUGUGUACUGGUCAAGUACCAUCAAAGAUCAAACAUGACAGAUGUGGGUCUUUUCAACCUGGCAGUUUCAGACCUCCUCUUCCUGAUCUCACUGCCUUUCUGGGCUCAUGCUGCUACCAGUGAGUGGACCUUGGGGAACAUCAUGUGCCACACUAUAACAGCACUUUUCAUGCUGGGAUUCUAUGGAAGCAUCUUUUUCAUGGUCCUGAUGACAGUGGACCGCUAUGCCAUCAUCGUCCAUGCACAAGCCUCUCUUUUUACCAACCACAGGUCUGUCAAAGCUGGCAUAGGUCUUUCUUUGUUAAUGUGGGUUCUGAGCUUGGGAGCCUCUUUGCCAACCAUUAUUUUUAGCCAAGCAAAGAAUGAAUCAGGCGAAUGGACAUGCAAACCAGAGUAUCCCCACGGGUCAACAUGGAGACAAUUCUCUUACAUUGAGCUUAACAUCCUCGGCUGGGUCCUGCCUCUGUCAGUGAUGGUGUUCUGCUACUCACGCAUCAUCCCCAUCUUGAGGUCCAUUAAGUCACAAAGGAAGCACAAAGCUGUCAGACUCAUCCUGGUUUUGGUUGCUGUUUUCUUUCUCUUCUGGACGCCCUACAACAUCGUCAUCUUUAUGCGCUUCUUGCAUUACUCAGGUUACAUGCAGAAAUGCGAGUGGAAAGUAGGCACAGACAUGGCCAUGCAGUGGGUGGAAACCAUAGCAUUCAGUCACUGCUGCAUCAAUCCCAUAAUCUACGCCUUUGUGGGGCAGAAGUUCAGAACUUCGGUGCUCAGGAUUCUAAAACAGUGGUUUCCUGUUUGUUUUAGUAAAUGCACCACAAUUGUCAGUGAGCUUUCGGAGAGGAGGAGCUCUGUGUACUCACGUUCUUCGGAUGUUUCCAGCACAAAGAUUUUCUAG